UGUUCCAUGGUGUAGUCGGGUCCAUGGUGUAGUCAGGUCCAUGUUGUAGUCGGGUUCGUGGUGUAGUCGGGUUCGUGGUGUAGUCAGGUCCAUGGUGUAGUCGGUUACAUGGUGUAGUCAGGUCCAUGGUGUAGUCUUUCCAUGGUGUAAUCGGUUACAUGGUUUAAUCAGGUCCAUGGUGUAGUCGGUUCCAUGGUUUAAUCAGGUCCAUGGUGUAGUCGGUUACAUGGUGUAGUCUUUCCAUGGUGUAGUCGGUUACAUGGUGUAAUCAGGUCCAUGGUGUAGUCUUUCCAUGGUGGCUCCGCCACUAGGGACAGCAGUCCGCUCGUCGUUCAUCACUACGUAGAAAGGUUUCUUGGGAACUGGGGCUGUCUCCGAAAUAUGUUGAACAUCCCGAGCCAGUCGUUCCCUGCGCCAUGCUCCCAGCAGCGGGUCGCUACGUCCGGCCAGUCCGGGAGGAACAAGGUGGCUCUGAAGCCUGGACACAGUCUGAUGGACUGGAUCCGGUUUUCCAAGAGUGGCAAAGAUCUGACAGGCCUCAGAGGGCGCCUGAUUGAAGUUACCAAGGAAGAGCUGCAGAAACACAACAGAAGAGAUGACUGCUGGACCUGCAUACGAGGUAUGGUUUACAAUGUGACCCCCUAUAUGGACUACCACCCUGGUGGGGAAGAGGAGCUGAUGAAGGCAGCUGGGAUAGAUGGCACUGACCUGUUUGACCAGGUAUGGAGGGUCAUCCUAAAGGUCCAUCGCUGGGUGAACUAUGAGUCUAUGUUAAAAGAGUGCCUGGUGGGUAGGAUGGCUACUACAGUUGUUAAAGCUAUCAUCUCUCCUCCACCAUCAACUGGCUUCGCCCCACCUAUGUCAUUGGCUGCUCCCCCAGACAAAGACUCUCGUCCUCGGUACGACUGGUUCCAAACUGAUGUGACUGUUCAUCUGGUGAUUUAUGCUAAAAGGAAGAUCCAGAGCUCAGGCUGUACCAUUGUUGACCUCGAGGCGGGUGUUCUACGACUGGAAGUGCUGCUGGGGAAAAUGUCCUACAUGAUACAUUUACGUCUUGCUGCAGAAGUUGAGGGAACCGUUGCUGUCCAUCCUGCCUUCUCAGUGGGAAAAAUCCAGGUCAGCAUACGCAAACAGGCUAAAGGAAAAUGGACAAGUCUUGGUCAACCGCUGGAGUUUCACAAUACAUUUCUUCGCAAAAAAGACAGAGCUCUCUACUAUCGGGAUUGUGUGUUGGUGUCUAAGACUGAGGUGAACCAUGACACCCAUGUGUUCAGAUUGCAACUUCCACGUGGGACUGUCAUGCAUGUGCCUGUUGGAAAACAUGUCUACCUCAAAGCCCUCAUUCAAGACACAGAGGUAGUGAGGCCAUACACUCCAGUAGAUGAGAACCUGGCAGCAGCCUCCCACCACUCCUCACAGGAAUCCGACCUCUACCUCAUGAUCAAAGUCUACCCUGACGGAGUGUUCACCCCACAUCUCAACAGCCUGCACAUCGGUGACUGUAUAUCUGUUAGCGGUCCAGAGGGUACCUUCAGUCUCCGCCCCCUUCGUGAUGUCACAUAUCUCUACCUAUUAGCAGCAGGCACAGGGUUCACACCCAUGGCUCGCCUCAUCCAACUGGCCCUACAGGACGUUGACAUCAUCAGAAAAACCAAGCUGCUCUUCUUUAACCGACGAGAGGAGGACAUUCUGUGGCGCUGUGACCUGGAUGAACUGGCUGCUAAUAGUGAGAGCUUUCAGGUGGAGUAUGUUCUCUCCGAUCCCGGUGAAAGCUGGACCGGCAGGAAGGGUCGGGUGGACGAGUCCAUGCUCCAGGAUGUCCUCAACAGGCCAGAUGGGUCCAAAUGCUAUGUGUGUGUGUGCGGCCCCACCGCCUUUACAGAGCUAACAACAGGGUUGUUGAAGCAGCAGGGCUUCAGUGAGGAGGAGCUCCACGCCUUCCAGGGCUGAUGAGCUCUGCCUCCACCCACAAAGACUGAGUGCCUGAGUGAGAGAGAGACCUUUGAUUUUAAUUUAUAAACUUGUGUUUGUGAGAGAUGAAUGGAACAUUGUAUUUCUAUGCACCGAGGACCUGAUGAUGCUGACCCCCCCCCUCCCCCAAUCACACAAUCCCAGUGCAGUAAGAUUUUUCUGAUUGUGGACGGUUUGGUCAGUGUCUGAAAUAAAGUUCAUUGAAACAUUGUAAAGGUUUGUAAAAUAAAAGCAGUAAAAUAUGCUGAGGCAUAGAGAAAUUAAUGACAUGUAAACUGAUGGAGUAUAUGCAAUAUUAAAAAUAGAAUGAACAUGAGCUGUGAAGUGUGUAGCAGGGGAUCUUCUGAAGAUAUUUGUUGUUCCAGUUCCAUGGAUGCAGUUGCAGGAGAGUUCAAACCACUGCAGUGAAAUAAAAUGUAUUAUGGUGACAUUUUUAAA